CUUUUGGUAAAACGGUCUUUCUGUUUGUGAAUUGUUGAAUUUGAAAUUCUGAUAAAUUUUUUGAUUGUGUAAAUUAGAUCUGCAGCAAUCAAAUUACAAAAAUCACUAUACAGAAAUCAUAAGAACGCGUAGGGAUGGACAACUCUUCAUUGGCAAUCACCGAAGUCGUCCAGGAUGAGGGAGAAUAUUUGAGCAAGACGUGGGACUCUGCCCUGUUCUGGCUGAAUGCAGUGGUGGUGCCCCUUCUGGGAUGUGUGGGCUUCGUGUUCAACAUCUUCGGCAUCCUCACCCUCUCCUAUAUGGGGAUAACCUCCUCCUCCACCAUGUACAUGCUCAUCAUCUGCAUAGGGGACAUCAUAUCCGGAUUUGUGGACUCCAUACUCACUGUCGGCAUUGGCAACUGGUACACGAACUUGUAUGCUCUGAGUCGGUUCUCUUGUAAGUUCCUGAUGUGGAUCAACUACGCAACCACAUGCUCCACCCAAUUCGUCCUCACCCUCUUCACCUUCGACAGACUUCUUGCUGUCACUUACCCCAUGAAGUACAGGUCGCUCAAGACCAAUCUCAGAUACCCUGUGAUCUGCAGUGCAGUUGUGGUGACGCUGACUUACCUGUCUCUGAUUGGGAACAUGUACGCGUUUGACCUGGUGGACGGACAGUGUGCUAAGCCCACUUACAUGAGUGAACUGGGGAAGGAGAUCUAUUUCCACUACUCUGCUUCUUUCAUCUACUGCGGACUCCCUUCCACACUCAUCUUCAUAUUCAACUUCACCAUCCUCUACCAGAUGCGCAAAAAUGACAAGAACAAGAAAUCUUCGUCCACCAAGUCGGGAAGGGAGCAGGCUAUCACCCGUAUCCUUCUGCUGAUGUCGUUUGCGUUCCUCCUUUUCACAGCAGGGUGUAUGUUCUUUCUCUACACCAGCGUGAUCUACUUGGGACCCCAGCUGGACGGAGGGGACCCAUGGGUGGGGCAGAUGUAUGUGGCCAUGGCACAACUGCAGGAGUUACCUUCGACAGCCAAUGUGUCGUUCAAUUUCUCCUUCUACCUGAUGGGUAGCAAGAUGUUCAGAAAGGGAUUCUUAGACAUGUUGCAGAGCUACUUCUGCUGCAGGAAAGCGGGGCGCCAAGCCGAAAUGACCAGAACGGGCGCUUCUUCGAACAACAACAUCAAUGCUGACAUGUAAACAACCGAGAUACCUUCAGUCCUUGACGAAUGAUUUGUUAACCCUUUUUCUAGGUAAAAUAUAAGUUCAAAAUCCUGUAAAUUAGAAAAGUAUUGCAUGAACUCCUCUAAAACUACUGUCCCAAAACACAA